GUUUCCGUUCCAUGCGGUUUCUGUUCAUAAGAUUGCCAAGCGUUUGCGCGAUCUCUAUCACGACCGAAGCUUGAAGCUUCUGAAGCUUCAAGAAGGAUCAUGCUGACAGACUUGUGUUUGAACAUUUCAUCUCAUUCCUCCGACUGUCGUCGAUAUGUCAAGAAUUCGUACUGCUUUUACCGUCCUAAUGGACAUACCCACUCCUAUAGUAGCUGCGCCCAUGGCAGGGGCUAGCGGUGGCGCAUUGGCAGCUCAGGCAUCCGGUGCCGGAGCAUUUGGAUUUAUCGGAGCAGGAUAUCUGACCUCUUCUCAGAUUCAGGAGGAGCUAUCCUUAGCCCGCGCGCAGCUUCUCCUAUCCGAUGCAGAUCCCCUUCCAAUCGGCGUCGGAUAUUUGGCUUGGCAACUUGACAAAGAUCCCGCUGCCGUUGGAUUGCUCGACAUUUCCCUUUUGAACAGGGUUCAGGCCAUCUGGCUCGCCUUUGGCAACAAUAUAGGUCGAUGGGUCGACUACAUUCGCUCUUAUGAUGCGAGUUCCGGGCGGGGGCAGAAAACCUUGAUAUUUGUACAAGUUUCCUCAGUGAAAGAGGCUCUCAUUGCCAUCCAAGACUGGAAAGUCGACGUUUUAGUAGCUCAAGGAUCUGAAUCUGGUGGCCAUGGGUAUAGCGCUGCUCCGCCGCUUCUCACGCUGGUGCCAUCUAUCUUGGCAGUGUUGCCCAAAGAGGGCCCGCCACUUCUAGCAGCCGGCGGAUUGUCAACGGGUGGUCACGUUGCUUCUCUGCUUACGCUCGGAGUCUCUGGCGCGGUGCUCGGGACGAGAUUUUUGAUGACAGAAGAGAGUUUCUAUAAUGAGGUGCAGAAGAACAUACUCGUCAAGGCCAGUGCCAAUGACACGGUGCGUACGACGGCAUUUGAUAACGCCAGAGGAACUCUGGAAUGGCCGGAAGGCGUCGACGGUCGUGCCAUUUAUAACAAGACAGUGAAAGACGUAGACGCUGGUGUCGACAUCGAAAUAGUUCGAGAUAAUUUCAAAAGGGCAACUCAGGAGGGGGAUCCUGAUCGAAUUUUGGUUUGGGCGGGUACUGGAGUUGACUUGGUCACGGAAAUUCAGACUGCGCAGGAUGUUGUUCGGGAGCUUCAUGCAGACAUGAUGAAACAUUUAAGUUUUGCAUCAACACUUAUUGCCACCUAAUGACAAACACGUUGGUUCCCGUGAACGUUUUCUUUCCUAUUCGGACAAGUAGUUUCGUCUGAUGCGCGUCCCUGUGGUAUCUUAACGUUUGGAAAC